AUGAGUGAUAUUGGUCGCAGUAACAGCGACUACGAGUCUAGCGAUGAUGAUAUCACAUGGCCCAGCGCAUUCACAUUAAUCGAUUUCAUUGAUACCUACGUCGACGCAAGAAUAGAUCUGAUAGAGAGGCGCCUGCAUGAGACUUCGGAUAAGCUUCGUGAGAGAGCCACAUCUGCAAAAGAGAAGGCUGCGGAGAUCAUUAGAAGCAGGGGCAGCGGUACACGCAUCGAUGAGUCCAGUAACGAAGACGACGGCGAUAAGAAGCUUCCUGCCGCUGCUGCACGUGCCAAAGAUUUUUACGAGCGUGAAGCGGCUAAGUACAAGUUGCUGCUCAGUAAACGUGUACAGAACUUGUCUACAAAGUGGAAAGAUGCCAAGGUCGUCCAGUUACGUGACAAAAUGUCAUUCUGUUUUGGUGUAUUCAACGUACUUGGAAGUGCGUUACUCUAUGCUCUCAAUCCAACAUGGCUGCAUAUAUCGUACACUGUUCAGAUUCUUUACUUUUUACCGCUCCGUGCUUAUACGUACAAGCAACUGAAAUAUCACUACUUCCUUUUCGAUAUGUGCUACUACGCUACGAUCCUCAAUUUGGCUUUCCUUUGGUUGUUUUCGUCUUCAGAGGCAGUAUUCGUAGCAGCUUACUGUAUGACAAUGGGCCCGCUCGCAUUCGCUGUUAUCACGUGGAGAAACAGUCUUGUCUUCCAUAGUUUCGACAAGACAACGUCGUUAUUCAUACACAUGUACCCGCCGCUGGUAUUCCACGCGAUUAUCUUCGACUACCCAAACGCAACUGAUCGCUUUCCAGCCCUGGAAGGUAUCCACAAGUUGCAACCUGGUAUGGCGCUUUUAUACACUUCAAUGAUAUAUCUCAUCUGGCAGGCGCUUUACUGGAAGUAUAUUUUAAUUGAGCGCCGUCACAAGAUAGGAGAGGGUAAAGGUCAAAGAACGACAUCAUUUAGCUACAUGCUGCACCACAAUCACGGCCUUAUUGGCAGGACACUCAGCAACAUUGCGCCAAAGUGGCGUGAAAGUGCUUUCAUGUUCAUGCAAUUCGCAUACACCAUAGUGACUCUUUUACCUGCGGUAUUUAUUCUUUACGACAGUAAAGUCGCCAGUGGUAUGUUCUUACUGUUUAUAUUCGGAGUUUCUACGUGGAACGGUGCUUCUUAUUACGUCGAGGUGUUCGGAAGAAGGUUUGAGAAAGAGUUAGAUGCUCUAAGGAAGGAACUAGAAGCUAGCUCGAGUAAUGGAGACGCGGAUGACGACGUGUCGACAGCCAAACCCGAAUGUGAAGAAUCUAACGGUAAAAACCCAUCUUCUAAGAAGGACAGUUAG